AUGAGCAUAAGCGUUUACAAGAGCAAAAUAUUUAACACCAAAGAUGUGGUCGAUGUGUGCAUACACCAGAAGCAGCUCAAGCUGGAGCCGUCCAGCUUUAAAGAUUCCAUUUAUAAAUUGAACGAGCAUAAGAUAAGUGUAGACGAGUUAGAAAAGGGUCAUGGAUCGUUCAUCACUGGGACGAACGUAAGUGUAGGGGGGGGAGAAGCCCCAAAAGCAGAGCAGGCCGGGCAUGGAAAAUCCCGCAGUUAUCACAUGGACGAAUUGAAAUGCUUGUACUUUUUUUUUCUGAUAAAUAUGCUAAGAUUUAAGAACAGUUUGGAUUUAAAUUUGCUCAAAAGCGUUUGCUGCUCCAUUAAUAGCACCACGGAGUGUACUUCCGGGUCCGAGGGGUCAUGUCCCUCAUCAAUUGCUCCCUCGCCCAGUGCACCACCACAAGGGGGAUCCCCUCACAGUGAAGUACUAAAACAGUUCUUCCUUUCGAAUUUGAAAAAAUGUGCCAAAUUGGAAUACAACCUGAAUGAUUUCAACAUGUGCAUCAGUGUUGUCCUAGAAAACUGUAGCAUAGUUUUUUUAAAUUCCUACAAAACGGUGUCCUUGUGCAGGUACCUAACCUGCUGUCUGUGCAACGUUCUGGAGUUAUUUCACAUAAACUGUGACGUCCUAUUUAAAAACGCCUUUAACAAUAACGCGAAUAAUAGUAACAUACAAUCGAUAAAUGAUCUGAUAAGUAAGAUCAAAUGGAUGACACACGAUUCUAAGGUGGAGAAGAAUAAGGAGUUGUCCAAAAGUUUUAGCGCAAACUUGAUGUUAUUUCUCUAUGCGCAAAGUAAACUAACGGACGACAAUGAAUAUUUUAUGCACCUAAUAAAUCAAAAUUUUAAGAACACCAUAGAUAGCUAUAGAAGUGAGUACACACACGAGAUGAACUCAUUAAAUAAUUAUAUCACCAUGUUGAGUAAAAAUAUGAAUGACACUCUUAGGGUUCACAUUAAGAAUGUGCUUGACAUUACAGCCAAGGUGGUGCCAUUAUUUGUUGGGAAGAUGCACGAAUUUGUUACGGCGAAUGAGCAAAUUGUAGAAGAACACGCAAAUUUGAAGAAGCCCUUGUCGAACGGAUUUAUAUUGCUAGAUGACGCAAUUGCAGAUGAAAGCACAUCAUCAGGUUCAAUCCUCUCCACGUUGUAUGAGGAGAAAUAUUUAAAGAGCAUCCAAGAGAGGUUUCUACAGAUGGAGUUCUCCAACGAAUUGCAAAAGUUUAGUGAAAUGAACAGCAUAUUUUGCGAUCUGCUAAUUCUGCUGACGGAUAUUAUUCUUCAGACAAACAUUAUGUACGACAUAAAGGCAUAUAACAAAGCGCUAGCACAAGUGUUGAAAAAUAAAAAAGUGUCGGGGGGCGUUCACCACAUAGGGGUUGGGUGCCUCGAGUUUAAGCAUUUUCUUUACUCCCUGAUGGCAGAAAGGGGGGAGGACUCCCAAUUGGACAUUUCUAAACCAACAGAGGGGGAGAAAAAUCAGACGAUACCACUUAUGAGUGGAAACAAAAUUGUUAUCAAUAAUUCCUUUCCUGCGCUAAGGAGAAGGUUAAACCUGUACAAAUUGGAUGAACCGAUAGGGGAAGUACUAAUCCAGAAGAAUAUCAAUUUUAACUUGAAAGUUCCGAAAGGUGCCAAAGAUUUUACAGGAGAAGAAAUGCAAUUGAGAAAUAUCUUUUUCGAUUUUGUGAAGAAGAAGUUUUUACUACACGGGGCAGUAGAAAUAGAUACCCCCAUUUUUGAACUUAAGGAGACGUUAACGGAUAAAUAUGGAGAGGAUUCCAAAUUAAUAUUCGAUUUAAAGGACCAAGGAGGGGAAAGUCUAUCUCUUAGAUAUGAUUUAACUGUUCCUUUGUAUCGCUUUGUCAACACAAACAAUUUAAAUUCUCUAAAAAGGUUUCAUAUAGGGAAAGUAUACCGGAGAGAUGAACCGAGCAUGAACCGAGGCAGGUUUAGAGAGUUCUAUCAGUGUGAUUUCGACAUCGUAGGAAAAUAUGACAUAGUGCGUACAGACUUUCACAUUCUGUUCAUAUUCUGGGACAUUUUAAAUAACUUGAAAAAGGUGAUUGGUAAUUUUAACUGCAAAAUAAAUCACAGAAAAAUCUUAGAAUACAUGCUUCUCUCCUGUAAUAUUCACAAGGAUAAGGUGAAGACGAUUUCCAGCAGUAUAGACAAAUUGGACAAAAUAACGUUUCAGCAAUUUCGGGAUGAGUUAUUAAAUGAGAAAGGAAUCCCCGUCGAAUCGGUUGAUAAAAUCGAAACGUACAUUUCGAAGACGUUAAGUUUGUCCCCUUUUCUGGUCAUCGAAUUUUUGAGAAACGAUUUAAGUGAAUCCGCUUUUGAGGAAUCUUACAAAAAUGAAGUGUAUCAAGUUAUAAAUCAUUUAGAGCAAAUUUUUGACUUGUUAAAACAUUUUAAUAUGCUCAAUCAAUUUUCUUUUGAUUUGUCUCUGGCCAGGGGAUUGGAUUACUACACAGGGAUUAUAUUCGAAUUUGUUCUCCUGUCCGAGACGGGACUAGGGAGUGUGGCUGCGGGAGGGAGAUACGAUUACUUGAUAAGGAACAAACGAAAGGAGUAUAUCCCAUCCGUUGGCGCUUCUGUCGGUAUCGAGCGGAUCAUUGCCAUCGCCGAGGGGGUGGUAAAAAAGGGUGGCUUAAUUCUGGGUCCAGGGGGGGGCGACGUUCUUACUAAGAAGGAAGUAAAAGUAGAGAAUUGUCCCCUCGGGAAGGUUCCUUCACCGGGGGAUGUUGCCUCUCCUGGGAUUGCCGCUUCCUCCGUCUUACCCCUGAAGGACAACUCGGUAGAAGUCCUCAUAUGCAACAUGAAGAAAAACUGUUUUAAAGAGACCAUCGAGUUGUGUAAAAAGUUGUGGGAGGAAGACAUAUCGACGGAGUUUAUCUACGUGAAGGAUCAGAAGAUACAGAAGCAGCUGGUUUACGCCUUGGAGAAGCAGAUUCCCCUGGCAGUGAUAAUUGGCGAUGAAAUUGAAAGGGGCGUCAUCAAACUACGAGAGCUUACACAGGACAAGGAGAAGUCGACGGGGGAACGGGAAAUCAAGCUAGAAGAUUGUGUGCAGAAGAUAAAGAGUUACUUCAGGGAGAACCUGACCUGGAAGCAGAGGAUUACGAACGCUUUAUUUGAUCGACCGCGGUUGUAG